GAUUGAGAGUUAGAUGCUUAACCAAGUGAGCCACCCAGUGGCUUUGGAAUUGGAUAAUGUGUGGAGACUCGAAGAAUCUUGAGGUUCAUGAUAGAAAAAGCCCAAAAUGCCUUACCUCACUGUUGCAGAAACAGAGAUAUGAAAGGCUGCUUGUGGUAAGGGCUCAGAAGGAGGAACACAUCAAGAGCAACUGGAAGAAGGUCGUGUCCAGAGAGAGGACGAGUUGCCCCAACAUAGGCUGGGAGCUGCAGGGACGUCCCAGGCCAGAACUUGGCGUGAACCAUUGGUGGAGAGUCCCCUGGAAGAGGUGACACUUCCCAGCUUCCCUUUGUGGCCCCUGACUUGACCUGAUGGCACAGGGACAGAGACCAGUGCUUGCUUUUCAGAUGGAUUGCUAUACGGGGGUGACAGGCACCAUCUACGAGUACGGUGCCCUCACACUCAGUGACGGGGACUACAUCCAGUUCAAGCAGUAUGCGGGCAAGGUCGUCCUCUUCGUCAACGUGGCCUCCUACUGUGGCUUGACAGCUCAGUAUCCUGAACUGAACGCACUUCAGGACGAGCUGAAGCACUAUGGCGUGGUCGUGCUGGGCUUUCCCUGCAACCAGUUUGGAAAACAAGAACCAGGAAAGAACUCAGAGAUCCUUUCCGGGCUCAAGUAUGUGCGUCCAGGUGGCGGCUUCGUCCCCAGCUUUCAGCUCUUUGAGAAAGGGGAUGUGAAUGGAGAAAACGAACAGAAGGUCUUUACCUUCCUGAAGAACUCCUGCCCUCCGACCUCUGAUCUUUUGGGCUCACCAGACCAGCUGUUCUGGGAGCCCAUGAAGGUCCACGACGUCCGCUGGAACUUUGAGAAGUUCCUGGUGGGGCCCAACGGGGUCCCUGUCAUGCGCUGGUUCCACAAGGCUCCCAUCAGCACCGUCAGAUCGGACAUCCUGGAGUACCUGAAGCAGCUAAAAACCAAGUAGAAAGGCCCAGAGGCCGUCAGAAAUAGCCACCUGCCUCCCACCUGAAGGACAUGGUUGAACACUGGGCCCAUCUUCGCUCCACAUGCCUUCCUACCCAGCGUCCCUGUGACCCCGCCAUCCUGGAUAUGCGUGCGUGUUCGUGUGCGUGUGCUCGUGCGUGUGCUUGAGAACAACGAAAACCGAUCUCCCCAACUCUCUGCUCCCCGAAUAUCAGGUUUUUUCCACUGCAUUGCAAAGGAAAAGCAGGUUUCCGGGUAGAUGGCUCAGACUACCAAAUAUCCCUGAAAAAGGUGACCCCCAGGAGUUCUGGCGUCUGUCCUUCCCCAUCGUGGAGGUUUGAAGAAAGCAGGAACUGGCAGCAAGACCCUCAAGACCCCCUUCAUAACCUCUCCUGUCCUUGAAGACAGCUCUGGGGUGGAAGCUCUUCCUCUCCCAAGUGAGGCCUUCUGUCCCCCACACCCUGCACACUCCUGCAGGGCCUCUGAAGUCCGGGCGAGGGUGGAAACCUGGGGUCCCUGAAGGAAGGCAACUCCCUGAUGGGGGCCCCCGGCCCCUCUGGGUUGGACCUACCCAAGCUUCCUUGGCCCCUGUCCCUUAGCGGCUCCAGGGCAGGGAUGUCCCUUCAUUCUGAAGUUGGGGCUUUGUCCUCACCCUGAGCCUCCCCCCGCCACACACAUACCUCUUCUCAUCACUGACUCAAAUAAAGGAAAUUCUGCAGCA